AUGGCCGCCUGUCCGCGGGUGUCUCUGCUCCAGAGGAGCCCCUCCUCCCCAGUGGUGUGCCAUGCUACAGGCUUCUACCCUAACAGGGUGGUGGUGUUCUGGAAGAGAGACGGCCAGGAGCUCCAUGAGCAGGUGGACCCCGGGGAGGUCCUCCCCAACCACGACGGGACCUUCCAGGUCAGCGUGGACCUGGACCUCACGGCCGUCCCACAGGAGGACUGGCGGAGGUACGAGUGUGUGGUCCAGCUGAAAGGCAUCGAGGACAUCUCCACCCCCCUGGACCACAUCAUGACCAACGGGGAGGACAAUCACAUCCUUGCUUUCAUCCUCACUGGAGUUGCUGUUCUUGCUGUUGUUGCUGCUGCUGCUGUUGUUGGAGUCUUUCUGUACCAGAAGAGGAACGAUUCAGACAAGCGUCACAAACCAGUUGGUUCUGUAACCAGCUCUGAGAACACUGAGGGGCAGAAUCCGUCUCCUGAGGCCCAACCUCUGACCACAGUUCAAAGUUAAAUCAUGAAGAGGCUUCUCACGUUCACCUUCAGACACGUGCCGUCCAUAUGGGCAGGUGGGGCAGCAAACUACUUUCAAAAGCAUCCUCCCAAAGAAAAGCGAGUGGUGUUGCUCCUGGGAUUAACAGUGUUGAGUUUCUGCUAAAAAUAAAAACCUUUGAGAGGUUAAAAUUGGAAGACCGGAUAUAAACAUUAUCCAAAAAACGAAGGAUAGGGGGAAAACGUACAAAAUAACUUUGUGUGUGAACAUGACAAGGAGUGAUAUGGACCACGAAUGUGAAGCAUGUAUAUAUAUAUAUAUAUAUAUAUAUAUAUAUAUAAUGUAUAAAGAAAUAUAAUAAUGUAUCAUACAGUAUUAUAUAUGUAUAUAAUAUAUACAUAUUACAAAAACAAAUUUUGGGUCUGGUCAUACGCCAGUAGUUUCUGCCCCACUGAAAUUUAGGAUCACCGCACGCUACUGUUCAGCUUCCUAAACCAGGAUGGAGUGCACUCAAGGUGAAAUGUAACGUAAAUUGCUCCCAGGUGAAUCGUGACGUUCUCUAAUGAAGGGAAAUGUAUGACACGUUAGAUCUACCAACGAUCAACCAGUUUACUGAAGUAGGUCAAGGGUGCAACUCAUGAAGAUAUUUGUGUAAUGUGGAUGAGAAUUUGUGGCCCAACUGACAGGAACAUGAGAGGGGUGGGAAGCCUGCACUGUACUUCCUACAGCACUGCAUGUACAGUUUACUCUAAGUUGAUUGUCCUAUGUUCACAUUUCUAAUUUUGUAUGUAUCGCAAUGACAUGGUCUGUCAACAAACUACAGUACAGACAGUAAAAGCGUAAAUGUGAAUCUUGUCCAGUCUCUUGCAAUCAAUCUCCCACAUACACUAAGGGGUAACUUACAAUUUACAAUAAUUGUCAUCAGAACUUUUGCCAUAGUUUACAUCAGAACAUCCCUCCAGAGUACACUGUUAUAUUGACAACAUGACUAAGAAAUGUGACUUUUCCGUCUUUUCCGUACACAAUGACACAAGGACUUGUCAUUCUGAUGGCACUGACACGUUCAUUGACACAGAUAUUUACUUUUGAGAGAUGAACUAAGAAUUUUGAGGAACUAAGGAUUUUCGCAUAAUCCAUGGUGUUUUGCUAUUUGUACGAGUUGUUUUGAGCAAUGCACUUACUGUUUUGCAAAUGUUGAGGAAGAUUCGAGAAAUGUACUAAAGCCAGAGAAAAACGGUAAAGUCACAACCCAUAGCCCAAGGGACCAGAACGCUCCAGGCAGGGCAUCCACAGAUGCCCAGCUAAGCCUCCAGGCGUGCCGAUACAAUUCCCCUCCUUUAGCUUCACAGAUAUCAUACCGAACCUUCACCAAUUAAAGUGAGUUACAAGCGAUCCUGACUCAGCGACCUUUUCCCCAAAGAACAGAGCGGUACUCACCACAGGUCCACAGCCACCGUAGGCCAACCGCUCCGUGUCCCGCCGCACCGGCGCCUCGUCUCCAGGCGACCCGCCCGUGCCUCAAGUCCAGACUUUCCAUUCCUGCUCUCCAC